AACAAGAACCAUGACAUGGAACGGAAAGCGUGUCUGAACAGUUGCCGCGGCGCUGGGCAUCGAGGGAUCGAGGUACUCUACAGCAAACUGAAGUCCCUAGAUGAAGCGGGGACCUUACGAAAAACAUUGAAGAAGUCUCAGAAUCUUUGUACCAGUGCUUGCCAGCAAGCAGUUGAAAUCUAUGACCAUCUUGCGCAAAAUCGAAGCAUUGAAGACAUUUGUUUCAGAAGCGAAACGUGUCCGUCAGUGGCUGAUAUGCUUGAAUGGAUAACAUGUACAGAACAACACUUUAGUAGCCAUGUUCAUGCAAGAGAACUCUUGCUAGAAGAAGCAAAUUUUGGUGACGACUUCAAGGCUGGCGCCUUUGUAAAAGAGUGGAAAGAUGACUCAGCUUUGAUCGAAUCGAUGAAUGAUGUCUUGGCAACAACAAAAUUUGUAAUGGACAUGGUGUAGAUGUGCAGACUGAUCAUGUGACUUACAUUGAAUGAAUUGGUUUGGGCUGUAGAUAUUGGCUUCAGCAUUGUGCAGCAUCGAGGGUAUCAAAAUCAGCUGAAUGGAGUGCUGUUAUGUUGGAAUAAAUUGUUCAAGCAUUGGGA